CGAUGUUGGUGAUUUUUCCCUUAGACGGCACGAAUUAUUAUUGUAGAUGAUUGUAUAAAAUCAGAAAUAACAUAACGCGUCAGUUGCACUGCUUAAACAUAGUGUCAAAAAUGGCCGCUGUACAUCGGGAAGCUAUACAAAAGCAAAUUCAACAAGAUUGGGCAAAUCGAGAAUAUAUCGAAGUUAUAACUGGUAGCAUUAAGAAAAUAACCGAGUUUCUUAAUUCCUUUGAUAUGUCCUGCAGAUCACGGAUAGCUUUUCUUAAUGAAAAACUCACUACACUUGAAAGAAGAAUAGAGUAUCUCGAAGCAUGUGUUACAAAAGGAGAAACAUUAACGUAAAUUAAAUAUUGGCUAAACAACUAUUUUUAGUUUCAAGAUUUUUGUAUGUAUUGGAAUUAUAUAGUAAUAAAUAAACAUUAAAGACAAUAAUUGUAUAUAUUAUAUUUUAAUCAUGAAUUCUAUAGUAUUACAAAUAAAC